AUGGCUGAUUCUGCAAAUGGUCCCAAGCCCAGCAGCAGCGUCAAGCUGGUGCUUCUCGGUGAAGCGGCCGUGGGAAAGUCUUCGUUGGUCCUGCGUUUCGUCAACAACGACUUCCAGGAAAAUAAAGAGCCCACCAUCGGUGCGGCAUUCUUGACCCAAAAAUGCAACUUGCCUACGCGGACCAUCAAGUUCGAGAUCUGGGACACCGCUGGUCAGGAACGAUUCGCCUCCCUUGCCCCCAUGUACUACCGAAAUGCGCAGGCUGCUCUGGUUGUCUACGACAUCACAAAACCAACGUCGCUCAUCAAAGCUAAGCACUGGGUUGCUGAAUUGCAACGACAAGCUUCUCCUGGAAUUGUGAUCGCGCUCGUCGGCAACAAGCUCGAUCUUGCGAGCGAAUCUGCCAGCGGCGACAAUGGCGACGACGGCGACGACUCGGGUGACGCCCGCAAGGUACCCACAGAUGAAGCCAAGGCUUACGCGGAAGAGGAGAGCUUGCUGUUUUUCGAGACCAGUGCCAAGACUGGUGUGAAUGUGUCGGAGGUGUUCACAGCCAUUGCCAACGCAAUUCCAGAGACCUCUUUAAAGAGCGCGCGGGGCGCCGGCACCACCAACACGGCCAGUCGCCCCGGAGAUGAGCAGAGAGUCAACCUCGGAAAUGCGCAAGAGGCCGGGUCGAAGGAUGGAUGUGCUUGUUGA